AGGAAAUGGCUCAAAGGCUUCAGCUCUUUCUGUGCCCUGGGAGCUGAGAUGCGCGUCAGUGGCCUUGCCAGCCGGGCCAAUUCUCUGCAGACUGCCAGAAAAAAGAGGCCAGGAGGAAAGACGAAAGAGAAGAGAUUGCCCGGGUCUGUGGCGUGUGGUCCAGUCUCUUGCUGAACACAUUGAGAGGAACUGGGUGUCUUUGAUCUCCACCUCCAGAUCCGAGUCAAGGAAUACUUUUAUAAUGGACACUUCAUCCAAAGAAAAUAUCCAGUUAUUCUGCAAAAAUUCAGUGCAACCUGUUGGAAGGUCUUCCUUAAAAGCAGAAUAUCCCUCCUCAGAGGAAAAACAACCCUGCUGUGGUGAACUAAAGCUGUUCCUGGGUGCCUUGUCUUUCGUUUAUUUUGCCAAAGCAUUGGCAGAAGGCUAUCUGAAGAGCACCAUCACUCAGAUAGAGAGAAGGUUUGAUAUCCCUUCUUCACUGGUGGGAGUUAUUGAUGGUAGUUUUGAAAUUGGGAAUCUCUUAGUUAUAACAUUUGUUAGCUACUUUGGAGCCAAACUUCACAGGCCAAAAAUAAUUGGAGCAGGAUGCCUAAUCAUGGGAGUUGGAACAUUGCUCAUUGCAAUGCCUCAGUUCUUCAUGGAGCAGUACAGAUAUGAGAGGUAUUCUCCUUUCUCCAAUUCUACUCUCAGCAUCUCUCCGUGUCUCCUAGAGUCAAGCAGUCAGUUACCAAUCUCGGUCCUGGAAAAAUCACAAUCCAAAAUAAGCAAUGGGUGUGUGCAGACGGUUGCAAUUAUAGGACCAAUCUUUGGCUUCCUGUUAGGCUCAUUAUGUGCCAAACUGUAUGUUGACAUUGGCUUUGUAAACCUAGAUCGCAUAACCAUUACCCCAAAGGAUCCCCAAUGGGUAGGGGCCUGGUGGCUUGGUUAUCUAAUAGCAGGAAUUAUAAGUCUUCUUGCAGCUGUGCCUUUCUGGUGUUUACCAAAGAGUCUACCAAGACCCCAAAGUGGAGAAGAUUCUAAUUCCUCCACUGAGAAAUCCAAGUUUAUUAUAGAUGAUCAUACAGACUACAAAACACCCCAUGGAGAAAAGGCAAAAAUAAUGGAAAUGGCAAGAGAUUUUCUUCCAUCACUGAAGAAUCUUUUUGGAAAUCCAGUGUACUUCCUCUAUUUGUGCACAAGCACUGUUCAAUUCAAUUCUUUAUUUGGCAUGGUGACGUAUAAACCAAAGUACAUUGAGCAACAGUAUGGGCAGUCAUCUUCCAAGGCCAACUUUGUUAUCGGGCUCAUCAACAUACCUGCAGUGGCCCUUGGAAUAUUCUCUGGGGGGAUAGUCAUGAAAAAGUUCAGAAUCAGUGUAUGUGGUGCAGCAAAACUCUACUUGGGAUCGUCUGUCUUUGGUUACCUCCUAUUCCUUUCCCUGUUUGCACUGGGCUGUGAAAAUUCUGAUGUGGCAGGACUAACUGUCUCCUAUCAAGGAACCAAACCUGUCUCUUCUCAUGAACGAGCUCUCUUUUCAGAUUGCAACUCAAGGUGCAAAUGUUCAGAGACAAAAUGGGAACCUAUGUGCGGUGAAAAUGGAAUCACAUAUGCAUCAGCUUGUCUUGCUGGUUGUCAAACCUCCAACAGAAGUGGAAAAAAUAUUAUAUUUUAUAACUGCACCUGUGUGGGAAUUGCAGCCUCUAAAUCAGGAAAUUCCUCAGGCAUAGUGGGCAGAUGUCAAAAAGAUAAUGAAUGUCCCAAAAUGUUUCUCUAUUUCCUUGUAAUUUCAGUCAUCACAUCCUAUACGUUAUCCCUAGGUGGCAUACCUGGAUAUAUAUUACUUCUGAGGUGCAUUAAGCCACAACUUAAAUCUUUUGCCCUGGGUAUCUACACCUUAGCCAUAAGAGUUCUUGCAGGAAUCCCAGCUCCGGUAUAUUUUGGAGUUUUGAUUGACACUUCAUGCCUCAAAUGGGGAUUUAAAAGAUGUGGAAGUAGAGGAUCCUGCAGAUUAUAUGAUUCGAACGCUUUCAGACACAUAUAUCUGGGACUGACUGUGAUAUUGGGCACAGUGUCCAUUUUCCUAAGCAUUGCAGUACUUUUCAUUUUAAAGAAAAAUUAUGUUUCAAAACAUAGAAGCUUCAUAACCAAGAGAGACAGAACAAUGGUGUCUGCAAGAUUCCUGAAGGAAAAUUGUACUACAAGUGACCAUUUGCUACAACCCAACUACUGGCCAGGCAAGGAAACGCGACUUUAGAAAAAUAAUGACUUGAAGCCAGGUUUUCUAAUUGGUGGACAUUUUGCAAACAAAUAAAUUUUAAUCAAAAGCAUUCUAAAUGUGUAAUUUCUUUCUCCUGUCAAAAAAUGUCUACUUUGUUUUUGACCCUAGGCAUUAGAUAAUAUGCUCAAUAACAAAUAUAAUUAAACAUCUAACAGAAGAUGCAGAUGAUAAAACUAAUUUAAAUCUUUUAAUUUAUAUACAAUUUCUUACAUUAUUUACUUAUCCUGCUUAUUUUGCCUCAUGCCCAUUGAUAUGUAUUACCUGUA